ACAAAAUGUAAAUAGUAAAACAAUACUAGGACCUAAAAUAAUUAUCGAUAACAAUGGUUUUAGUGUUCUGUAUGUGAAACAUAAAUUAUAUACGGUUGAUAAAGGAAAGACGUUCAUUAAUCAACGAUAAAUUCCGUAAUAAGAUCGACCGAAUAAUUGUUACAUCAAAUAAAGUUCUUUGUGCUUAAUUCUCUGAAUUUGAAGUAAAGUGAUGUGUAUUGUGAAUCGUAUAAAUCAUUUUAUUUAUUUGUUUUGUUUCAUUUUUUUGAGUAACUUUUAAUAAUAUGUUGUGGAGUCGAAAAAUGUCUGGUUGCGAAGACGAUUGUUCUGGUCGGGGUGAUUGUCUGAAUGGUACUUGUGUAUGCGAAAUUCGUUUUGCUGGAGAUCAUUGUGAUGGAUUGAAUAUACCAUAUCAUACAGGCAUUGGUGGUGUAUUCUUUCUGGUUGCGCUAGUAUGCAUUAUUCAAUUAGUAAUGUGUAUAAUAUCGGAAUACCAACGUUUAAAAAAUCCAACAUUUUUACGUGCAUGUAAAAUUACAACACAAAAACUAUUGUAUAUUGUUGCAUUCCUUGCAAGUUUAAUACGUGGAGCGUAUUUUACACAAAUUGAUACACAAAGCCAAAGAGAAUGGUCAAGCAGUUUACUGAGUGCAUACUAUCCAUUGUUAAUGUCUGGUUCAUCACUGAUUGUAUGUUUUUGGGCUGAAGUCUUUCAUUUACGUGAUAUUCGUUGGGAGAAACCACAAUUUUUAUCAAAAUCAUUUUUAGCAUUUUUAACAUUCAAUCUAAUCACAUAUAGUUUAUUAUUAGUGGAAUUUUUAACAACAAAUAUUGCAAAUACUCCUGCUGAAUUAAAAAACUUUUAUGCUCAUGUAUUUAAUGGAUGUUACGCUGUAUUACUAUUUAUCGUAGUAAUAUUUUUUUUAAUAUAUGGCGUUGAAGUAUACUUCAAAGUCCGUGGUGGAUUUGUUGCCGAUACAUCUGUAUCCGCUAUAAAUGCGUCACGAUUUCGUAGACGAUUAUCAAAAACUGAUGAAUGUUGCAGUUCAUCUGAUAUUACUUCCACAUCUAAAUUACACGCUGUAACGGAAAUUAAUGGAUAUGAACAAAAAAUUAAUCUAUCGCAGUUACACCAAUCCCGAUUCGGUUUAAUUAGCAUGGCAUUUAUGCUAAUUAUAAUCGUAGGAUUCUUAUUUUCUGAAACACUAAGUGAAUUUUGGAAAAAAAAAGUACCAGUGAAUUCACGUAAUUGGCACGACGUUGUAUUUCGUGUCGUAGAAAUAGGUGUUGCUGUUUGGUUCCCAUGUGUAUUAUGGAAUUGUAUUCAACCUGCAGAAUUAUGGUUACUAAAUCCACGUAAACUGUUGAAUAAACUUGAUUUAGAAAACGUGCCGGGCAAAAAUACUGAAAAGGACAUAAACGUUGCUCCUAUUGAUGAAGAGGGUGAAUUAUUUUUAAAUAAGAAAGAUUGUUGGAUUUGUUUAGAAAAUGAUCAACCAUUAAUUCAACCUUGUCAAUGUAGGGGUGACGUUUCAAGUGUACAUCAUGAAUGUUUAUUACGAUGGCUUAUAGAAAGUGCUUCAACAAAUCCGGAUAAUUUACGAUGUAAAGUUUGCGGCACACGUUAUGAAGUUGAACAUAGUAGAAGACUGGACUGGGAGCGUGGUUUCACGCCCCAACAUUGGUUGGCAACAUUUGCAAUUGUUUCAUUAAUGUGUAUAUCUGUUGCUGGUGCAUGGAUUGUUGUACAAUUUUUCGAAGGAAGUUAUGUACGAAUUUUAAGCAUAAGUAUUGCUAUGCUGAUCGUCUAUUUGUGUAUAAGAUUUCUUGGUUUAAAUACUGUGAAUGCGUAUCAGAGAGCAAAAGUUAGUGCUCUGAAUAUUGUAACUCCCACCGGUGAACCAGUGUCAACCAUAUCUGAGUCAAUAGUUGCCGUAAAUAUUCCAAGAACUGAACCAACUGCGAUUUAAAAAUUUAAAAAAAAAAAAAAUUUAAUGAUUUAUUGUGUGGUGAAAAACGACAUUUUUUAAACUGAACUUAGAAAAUGUUGAGAACAAAUGUGAUUUAGAAUCAUAAUAUGUUUUUUUUCUCUUGUUUUUUCUACUCUUCUGCUAAUAUCAAUUUAUUAUUUUUUAUUAAAAUAUGUGCCAAUUUUUUGGAUACGGAUUGUGUGCGAUUAUUAAAAAA